CAGCCCGCUGCUCGCUGUUACCAUAGCGCUGCACAGCAGCGCGCGCAUUGCGUUCCGUUUUUAAAUUCUCGUUAUUUUUUUUUUUACUAAAAAUAAUAUUCUAUGGAGUGUUUUUUUUAGUUGUGCUGUGAAUGUGAUAAUGUGUGUAAUGAAGUGCGGAAUAUUAUUGAUUUUUAUUUUAAUUUUUACGGAAUUUGUAUCUCAUGCGGAUGGCGAUCUUGCAUCCAUGAUUGAUUUUCGAUACUUUCGAUGCGUUAUGAAGAGAGAGUGGAAGUGUCCAGACAGUGAAAUUAAUUUCUUCAUGUAUACGCCAGAAUAUCCACACAAACACUUCAUAGAUCCACGAUAUCCGGAACUGCUUCACGAUUUCGGAUGGAAGAAUACAAGAAAGAAUGUCCUCAUCAUCCACGGCUUCAACGGCACAUAUUCCAAAACUCCAAUGACUUUUAUCAGAGAUGCUUACCUUUCUCGCAAGGAUUACAACGUGUUCAUGGUGGAUUGGUCGGUGCUCACACGGUUUCCCUGUUACCUUUCUGCUCUGUCUAAUAUGAAGAAGACAGCCCAGUGCACAGCUCAGCUCUAUUCAGCUAUCACUCAAGCUGGAGGUCUGGCGAAGAUGACCACCUGUGUGGGACACUCACUAGGAGCUCACAUCUGCGGCAUGAUCUCCAACCAUCUCACUGAGAAACAGUACAAAAUUGUUGGUCUAGAUCCAGGAAGACCAUUAGUAUCAGCGUAUGGAUCUCGUCAGUUCAGGCUGGGCAGAGAUGAUGCCUACGUGGUUCAUGUAUUACAUACUAACGCCGGUUUCCUUGGAGAAGAUGGUCAAGUUGGCCAUGCUGAUUUCUGUAUCAAUGGUGGAAGGUUACAGCCUGGCUGCAAGGGACAUGUUAUGCGAAUAGCCCGUUGCAGUCACUUCAUGGCGGCAUGUUACUUUUCGGCGAGUGUGAGGAAAAGAAGACGUCUGGUCGGUAUACCAUGUGACAGCACAUGUCCCAAGGAACGAGGACAUUGGGGCAUCCGAUUCGAUAGGAAAGCUGUGGUGCUUGGCGAAGAAGUUCCUGAUACGGCUCGAGGGAUGUACUGUGUUAGCUUCGAACACAACGAAGAUUGUCCCUUCGACUGAAUUCUGAUACGAAAUCAGACAGUAUAUUCUUACAUCAGCUUCAAGCUGGUGCAAAGUGAAGGGUAUUUUUAUGUAGUACGUACACAAAUCCAAAGCCGC